AUGGAGUGGAGACAUGAUUUUUCCAUGGAGAAGGAUAUGCUUAGAUCGAUUCCUAUUUGGAUCAAAUUGCCAAGCCUACCAUUACCUCUGUGGGGAGUUCAAAGCUUGGGCAAAAUUGGAAGCACAGUAGGAAACCCUUUGUUUAUAAAUGAGUGUACAGUAGGGAAGUUGAGAGUUAGCUAUGCUCGUCUCUUGGUUGAGGUAGAUGUCACACAAAAGUUGUGUGAAGAAGUCACCAUAAAGGACCAUGAGGGAAAGAUCAGACAGCAGAAGGUGGAAUAUGAAUGGAGGCCAAAGUUUUGUGAAAGAUGCCAAAGAGUGGGGCAUGUUUGCUCAACCGAAAGGAAGCUUGCAGUGAGGACUUGGCAACUGAAGACAAAGAAGAGUGAUGAGCAGGAAACAACUAGUCAAUCAGAACAAGAGGAUGGGCAUGAUGCCAAAGAGAAGACUAAAAAAGACAAUGCUGAGCAGAGCCCUAAAGGAGAAUCUACUCGAGAUAUUGCUGAGCAAACCCUUCAAGAGAAGAAGAAGUGGACAAAGAUCAAAAGGAGAAAGGAAGAUGGCAAGAAACCUAGUUAUGAAUGCCCUCCAGGUACAAGUCUUGUACGUUCAAAUGUCUUUGAAUCUUUAGGAGUAAUGAAUGACCCUAGAGACACACCAUUGGGUGUGACAUGA